AUGGCACCCCACGAAGCCUCAAAGGCGGGCCCGUUCGGCAAGCAUGCUUCCGUGGCCAACCUCAAUGGGCUAGCCCAGCUCUCCCGCUCCACGUCCUCGAAUUCUGUGCCGUCGGCCCGGCCCGUCCCGCAGAGGAGCGUCAGCGGCAGCGUCGAGCCUAGCCAGCAGCAUCUCAACGGCUUCACCGCCAUCGCCAGCCCGCUAGCGACGCCGAGCGAGCUCGUCCAGGAGGACCCUGUCGCGGCGCUGCAUCCGAGCAGCAACAGCGGCAACAGCAAGCUCGCCAUGACCGGAAGCCCCACGGUAUUCGGCGCGGGCUCGCUCCCACACAACACCGGCGGAUGGUCCGACUCGUCGACUUACCAGACGGCGUCGGGCGCCUCCAGCGUCUGGAACGGCCGUUCGGGCCUGGCGUCGGGAUCCCUCGACGGCGAUGCGCUCGCUACCGCAAACACCUCGGAGGUUACGACGCCGGGCCGCGCGACCACAAUGGGCCCUGGCGACCUGCCCUCGAGCUCCUUCUCCAGAUCGCCGCUCGCCGCCGGAGACGGGACUGGGGGCACCUGGUCCUCGGUGGCGGGGAGCGGACCCUCCAAUCAUGGCUGGCCGAAGGACGUCCCCACGGCCAGCACGGCCGACUUCCACACCAGUCCGACGGCCGCCAAACAGCGCUUGUCUCCGUCAGAAGAUAGGCGCCGCCAGCAGACAGUGGUACGCACGGUAUCGCCGCGCGCAUCCGGCAACGUCCUGCCCGAUCCCGGCAACGCCCAGAGCACGGCGACGACCACCAGUCACGACCGUGGCUCCGGUCCCUCUGGAGCGAUCGCCGCUCAGGGCAACGCCAGGACGGUGCGACCGGGCGGGCCGGGCGGAGGACGUGCCGUACCCAAGAACCCUCCUAUCCGCUCGACGACGCUCGAUCCGAGCCACCACCUGCCGGGCCAACGGAGGCAAAGCGGCAUCGAUGACGCUAGCCAGGACGACCCCCGUAGUGGCGAUGCUGAGCUGAGCGACGAGCUCCGCAACAUGUCUAUCUCCAGGAACGACACAGCGCCCGCCACCGACCUGCCCUCCCACCUAGGCCAGGCAGUGCUUAGCCCCGCCAGUACCGAUGUUCCGCUCCAGCCCACGAUGCCCAACCAGCCCUUGAUGAUGCCGCAGCAGCCGCAUGGGCCGUAUCAGCCGACACCGCAGUUUGGUCACGCCGCGCGCUUGUCGUCGGCGUCGUACGGCUCCCUUUCGCCCGUGCCUGCGCACGUCGAGGGCUUCUCGCCGUCGAUGCCGUACUAUGCCAACAACGCCAACCGUAGCCCCGACGCCUACGGCGGCUUCGCGGGCCUCGGCCAGCUCAUGCCUGCCAUGCCCGGCAUGGGCGCAGGCAACGGCGGACCCGUCAUUGACAUGUCGGGCUACGAGUCGUACCGGACGACGCCGGAUCCCUACGCCCCGCCCGUCCCUGGCCGCCAGAUCUUCAUGUCGCCGAGCGGGCCACCCUCGCAGGGGUCGACGCCGCAGAGCCCGUCGUUCGGACCCUCGCCGAUGCCGCCCAUGGGACCUGGGCCAAUGCGACCCAGCGACGCCGUCUUCUACCCUGGCCCUGCAGGUCCCUAUGGCGUGCCCGGCAUGGCUUCGGGCUCGAUGUCGCCCGUGUCUCGGAACGGCAUGCAAAUGCCGGGUACGCCGCAGUUUGGCUACGCCAGCCCUACCGGCCCGCGCAACAUUCCUCAGAGCCCUUCGCUUGGGGGAUCCGUGGGGAUCGGCCUGUCGUCGAUGCCCAUCCCUCAUCCCGGCACCCCAGUCUUCCCACCGCAGAGCCCGCUCUUGCCCAGCCAGCUGGGCGGGCCCGCCGGGAUGGACAAGCGGACGCCGCCACAGGCCCAGCCUGCGCAGCAUUUCGGUCCUGGCCCUUUCCGCAGGUCGAUCUCAAGUGCCGACGGCUACGGAGGCCCGCAGAUGAUGCCGGCCCAUCCGCCGCCGCCCUACGCCAUGCCCGGCGCUCAGCAGCAGCAACUUCACCAACACCAGGGUCAGCCAUAUCCGGGACCGAUCAAUGGCCCUCCGGGCGCCGCCAUGCAAGCUGGACCCGCGAUGGGCUGGAACGGCCGCUUCCCGGACCACCGAAGGAUCCCGACCGGGCCUGGCGGCGUCAUGGCCCCUCCGAUGGGAUUCGGCGGCGGUCCGAUGCAUCCGCAGCACGGGCUGGGUGGCGCUGCUGGUAUGGGUGUGGGCGUCGGAGGCUUCGUGCGGCCCCCGGGUGUGUUCCCUCACCACGGCCGCGGCGGCCCGCACGGGCCCGGUUCGCAGGGCAGCAGCAACCGGAGCCCGCUGCUGGAGGAGUUCCGCAGCAGGCACUCCAAGAACCGCAAGUUUGAGCUGCGCGACAUCUUUGGCAGCGUGGUCGAGUUUAGCGGCGACCAGCACGGCAGCCGCUUCAUCCAGGAGAAGCUCGACUCGGCAUCGGACGAGGAGCGGACCAAGGUGUUUGACGAGCUGAUCCUCAGCGCUCGCCAGCUGAUGACGGACGUGUUCGGCAACUAUGUGAUUCAAAAGAUGAUCGAGCACGGCACCGAGGCGCAGCGGACCGCGCUGGCCAAGGAGAUGGAGGGCCACGUCCUGGCCCUCUCGCUCGGCACGUACGGCUGCCGUGUCGUCCAGAAGGCCUUUGACCACGCCGACGAGGAGCAGCGGAUCCGGCUCGCCUGCGAGCUCGACGGCCACGUCUUGCAGUGCGUCAAGGACCAGAACGCCAACCACGUGGUGCAGAAGGUCAUUGAGCGCGUCGACCCGCUCAAGAUUGACUUUGUGCCGCAGGCAUUCCGCGGCCAGGUGCUGGUGCUGGCCGCCCACUCGUACUCGUGCCGCGUGCUGCAGCGCAUCUUUGAGCACUGCCGCGAGGAGCAGAGCCGGCCGCUGCUCGACGAGCUGCACGCCGAGGCGUUCCGGCUGAUGCAGGACCAGUACGGCAACUACGUGAUCCAGUGGGUCCUGCAAAAGGGCCGCCCGGCCGACCAGGCCCAGAUGAUUGCCAAGAUCAAGGGCCAGGUCUUGCCGCUGUCGAGGCACAAGUUUGCAAGCAACGUCAUCGAGGAGGUGAUCCGCUCGGCAUCGGCCGACGACAAGGCCGAGCUGAUCGAAGAGAUCCUCACGCCGCGCCCGGUCUCGGAAGGAGCGGGCCCGACCCCUGUCCCUUUGCCUACCGUCGAUGCCGCCAGCAACAACGCCUCGCCUGGCUCUGCUGCUGCUGCUGCCGCCGCCGCCGGUCCGCAGAGGAUCGCGCCGGCCGUCAUCAUGAUGAAGGACCAGUUUGCCAACUACGUCUUGCAGCGCUUCCUCGAGAACGCCAAGGGCGAGCAAAAGGCGCGGCUGGUGGCGGCGAUCCGGCCGCAGCUGCUCAACAUCAAGCGGUUCUCGAACGGGUACGCCAAGCACCUCGCCGCCAUUGAGCGGCUGCUCGACGAGGCCGAAGCCGCCUCUGCAGCAGGCGACGGCGCUUCCCCUGGCCCGACACCGGCACCGAAGACGAGCAGCAGCGUUGCCGACGCUCCCGUCGCCGCCUGA